AUGGUUGAGCCAAUGCAAAUUGACAAGCCGGCGACGAGAGUCACCAGAGGCACGAAGCGCCGGUCAGAAGGACAAUUGCCAGAGCCCAAGAGACUGGAACCUGCUGGCGGCGAAGUCCUUCAAAGCACCUGGAAUACCCCAGACGAACCCUCUACCUUCCGAAAGUUUACCUCCAAGUCCUCAAGUCUCCCAUUCGGCCAGCCUAUUGCCUACUCCUCGAUCAGCGGGCCAACUUAUGUCACUGCACAAGUCUUGACCCAGCAGGUCGCAUACGCGCUUUCCGAUAAAAUCUUCUCCUACUCUCCGGAGUCUUUUGAUCUCGAUAUUGCUGUCAAGAACUGGGCAGAGCAGGGCGUUGAAAACUCGAAUGGCUAUACUACAGAGGUUGCUCCUAUGCAGACACGUUCCGGUGCAGGAUCGAUUGCUCUUGGUUAUAUGUUCUCAAAGGAUUUUGACUUAGCCAAGCGACACAUCCCGCAGACUCUUUUGGCCUCCUCUUCAAGUCUACAUAGCCUUAGAUCCGCGCUUGAUCAACUUGCGCUUUUGUACUCGGUUGCAAAUCCAUUCGUUGCCCAUGUUGCUGCUGUAGACUAUGCGCCUGGUCCGUCAGGAGGUUUGGUGACUGAUUACGCUACGGCUUUGACUGUCGCUGAGGAAUUGGGACUUGGACUUGUUGCUAGUGCUUCUGCGUAUGAGGCUCAGCAUAUGUCAUUGUUCUCAACUAUUCUCGCAUCUGUCCUGCCAACAAUUCAUGUCUAUGACGGUAUCACCGUGGGACGAGAUACCCUUCGCGUAAUUGAUACUUUGAGUGGAGCCGCUCUGAGCAAAUCGUACAAAGACAUUAUUAAAGUAUUGUCUAAGGCAAGCAAGAAGGCCGACGCCGAAGCCAAGGUCACAAAACUUCUCGAAGCCUUCAAUGGCGAGCUCGGUACUGCGUACAACCUUUUUGAAUACACUGGUCACGAGGCUGCCGACCACGUGUUGGUUGUUUUUGGAAGUGUUGAGGCAUCUGUUGCAAAACAAGUUGCCGAGAAACUGUCUGGAGAGGGCAAAAAAGUGGGUGUUGUAAAUGUGCGAGUUUACCGACCAUUUUCCGAAGAGGCGUUCUUGAACACCCUGCCAGCUUCAGUUCAGAAGAUUACCGUCCUCGGUCAAGUUUUGGACGAAACCACUGCAGCAGACGAAUCUGCUCACUCGAGCUUGUACGAGGAUGUCUUGGCUGCUACCGUAUUCUCUGACAAGUCCUCCGUCUCUAUCGUCGACCGAAAAUACCCGCGUUGUGAAGCCAUUUCUCCAGAUUUGAUCGCCUCUGCUUUCAGCACAUCUUCAGCCAAGGAGGCGCAGGCUGAGCACAUUCAACUCAUCAACAGUGAGGAUGUUCAGCAAUACACUUUCUGGGAUAUCGAGGACUCUGCUUCAGCAACCGCUCCGUUAGCAGUUAGCAAGUUGCUCUCAGGAGAACCAGCAAGCAAUCUCGCUGUCAAUCAAACCCAUGACAACUUCAUUCAGGGUGGCACUGUAAGAACUGACAUUCGAAGCUCCAAGAAGUCUCUGGAAGCGUUCUACCCCGUCGAACAAGAUGAUGUUGCUUAUGUUGGGGAGGAGAAGCUCCUGAAAGAAAUUGGCGUGGUCAAGAAUAUCAAAGAUGGUGGCAAGCUCAUUGUGAAGCUUCCAGGUACCAAAGAUGAGGAUUUGGAGAAGAAACUGUCAUCCGCUGUCCGGAACGACAUCAAGUUCCGCAACAUUCAAUUAUUUGUUCUGGAUCCAACAUUGUCGGCUGCUGUUGAGAAAGAUGCUAAGGCCGAGACUCUUCUUACAGAGUUGGCCUUCCUCAGGGUUGCACGUGUCGAUAUUCUCGAAGACGGAUUGGAGAAGCUCGGAGAGAUCAACGCUGGUUCAGAUUUGUUGAACGAGGUCUAUGCUGACUUUGACAAGUCCCUUCGUUUGGUUGAAAUACCAGAAUCUUGGGCAGAGGUUGAUGUUGACUCUACUGCACCUGAACUUCCAACCACCAUCAACACUAGCAGUUUCACAGGGUUUGAAAAGGAAGAUAAGGAAGCGCCGGCUUUCCUCCGCGAUUGGCAAUCAGCUGCAAAGGCUCUUGCAUUCAAAGAGGCAUAUGCCACCAAAUCUGCUCUCCGACCAGACUUGACUACGAAGACCUACGAAAUCACUGUGCAAGAGAAUCGACGACUUACUCCAAUGACCUACGACCGAAAUAUCUUCCAUAUCGAAUUUGAUCUUGGGGACUCCGGGCUCACCUACAACAUCGGUGAAGCUCUUGGUAUCCACGCCGAGAACGAUGUUGGUCAGGUUGAGGACUUUAUCAAAUGGUACGGUCUGAAUGCCGACGAUAUUGUUGAGCUUCCAUCCCGGGAAGAUUCUUCUGUUCUCGACACUCGAACAGUCUUCCAAGCACUCGUCCAAAACAUUGACAUCUUCGGCAAGCCCCCGAAACGUUUCUACGAAUCCCUCGCCGACUUUGCAUCCGAUGACAAAGAGAAGAAGGAGCUGCUAGCCCUUGGCGGCUCAGAAGGUGCCAACGAGUUCAAGCGUCGCUCAGAAGUAGACACCGUAACCUACGCCGACAUCCUCCUCGAAUUCAAAUCCGCCCACCCCGACUUCCACGACAUCGCACGCCUCGUCUCCCCCAUGAAACGCCGCGAAUAUUCCAUCGCGUCCUCCCAAAAAGUCAACCCCACCACCGUCGCCCUCAUGAUCGUCGUCGUCUCCUGGGUCGACCCCAAAGGCCGCGACCGCUUCGGCCAAGCAACCAAAUACCUCUCCGAGCUCCCCCUCGGCGCAAAAGUAACCGCCUCCGUCAAACCCUCCGUCAUGAAACUGCCCACCCUCGACACCGCCCCCCUCAUCAUGGCCGGUCUCGGCACAGGCCUCGCCCCCUUCCGCGCCUUCGUCCAGUACCGCGCCAUGCAGAAAGCAGCCGGCAUCCCCAUCGGCGCCAUUCUCUUAUACAUGGGCUCGCGACACCAGCGCGAAGAGUACCUCUACGGCGAGGAAUGGGAGGCCUAUCAAGACGCCGGCGUCAUCACGCUCCUUGGUCGCGCCUUCUCAAGAGAUCAGCCUGAGAAGAUAUAUAUCCAGGACCGAAUGCGGCAGAGUAUCGAUGACAUCGUGCAGGCGUAUAUUAGGGAUGAGGGCGCGUUUUAUCUGUGCGGACCGACGUGGCCGGUGCCGGAUGUUACGGAGGUGCUCGAGGAGGCUAUUGCUAAGGAGGGGAAGGCCAAGGGGAGGAAGGUGGAGAGUGCGAAGGAGAUUGAGAGGUUGAAGGAUGUGGGGAGGUAUGUUUUGGAGGUUUAUUAG